UUAUUGAUUACACAGUAACAAGGAGAGAAGGGACAAAUCUUGAAGGAACAACAUGAAUAAGAAAAGAUACUUUUUGCAGCCUCCAGAGGUCAAAGAUUACCUCGUUAAAGGAGAGAGAUUUACCAAGUGGUCAGAGGACUCAAACAAAACUGCACCGGUCACUAUGAAGAUGGACCCCAAAGGUUUUUAUCUCUACUGGACGACACAAAGCAAGGAGACAUCGUUCUUGGAUGUUAUGACCAUCAGAGACACCAGAACAGGAAAAUAUGCAAAACUUCCUAAACAACCAAAAGUCCGCAACGUGUUCAAUAUGGAUUUUCCGGACAGCAACUAUCUUGCUAAAACCCUGACCGUCGUGUCAGGCCCCGACAUGGUGAAUCUGACGUACCAUAACUUCUUUGCCUCCAAGGACAAAGUGACGCAGAACUGGGCAAACGACAUUCUUCAUAUUGCUUACAAUGCUGCAAGAAAUAACGCGUGCAGACAAGUGUUCCUGGACAAAAUGUUCAUCCGCAUUUCUCUGCAGACCAACAAAGAUGGAAAGAUCCCCGUGAAAAAUAUUUACAAGAUGUUUCCAGCGGAUAAGAAGAGGGUGGAGAGCGCCUUAGCAUCAGCACACCUUCCCAAAGGAAAGUAUGACACCAUCAAGCCUGAUGUGUUCACUGAGUCUGCCUUCAAGACCUUCCUGAUGAACCUCUGCCCUCGGCCUGAGCUCUACGAGAUCUUCACGUCUUAUUCCAACAAACCCACCAUGACAAAGGACAAUUUCACCAAGUUCCUCAACGAGAAACAAAGGGACUCUCGGCUGAAUGAAGAACUGUUUCCUCGUCUGCGCCAAGAGCAGAUCAAGGCUCUGAUCGACAAGUAUGAACCCUGCAGCUCGAAUUCGAACAGAGGUCUGAUUACUCCAGAAGGUCUGUUGUUCUACCUGAUGGGGUCGGAGACAUCAGUCACCAUGCAGGACAGACUGGCCAAGUGCCAGGACAUGACCCAACCCAUACCCCACUAUUUCAUCAAGUCGUCCCACAACACGUACCUGACAGCUGGCCAAUUCUCAGGUGUGUCAUCUCCGGAGAUGUACCGUCAGUGCCUGCUGUCCGGCUGUCGGUGUCUGGAGCUGGACUGCUGGAAGGGCAAACCUCCAGAUGAAGAACCCAUCAUAACUCACGGCUUCACCAUGACAACUGAAAUACUAUUCAAGGAUGUAAUCGAGGCCAUCGCUGAAAGCGCCUUCAAGACCUCUCAGUAUCCUGUCGUCCUGUCUUUCGAAAACCACGUUGACUCGGUCAAGCAGCAGGAGAAAAUGGCCAACUACUGCAAAACCAUAUUUGGCGACGCGCUGCUGACGGAGCCACUCGACAAAUACCCCCUGAAGCCGGGUCAGCAGAUCCCCAGCCCAUCUGAGCUGAUGGGAAAGAUCCUCAUCAAAAACAAGAAGGGCUGCCACGAGAAGCCAAACCAGGCUAAAAAAGCUGGCACGCUGCCCUCUGACCAGGCCACGCCCACCCAGGACUCAAACGCCACCAUUCAGGACUCCUCCCCCGAUGCAGCACUGAACACCCUGGAGAACCAAGGUGAGGGAGAUGCAGCUGUGGAGGACAAUGAGGAACAAGAAGACACAGAGGAACAGGAUGAGGAGAAAAUGAAAUCAUCCGACGAGGGCACAGCUGGACAGGAAGUGACGGCCUACGAGGCCAUGUCAUCGCUCGUCAACUACACCCAGCCCAACAAAUUCAUCUCCUUUAACAAUGCCAAGAAGAAAAACAAGAGUUACGUCAUUUCAUCAUUUGUGGAAACCAAAGGAGAAGCAAUGAUUGCAAAGACUGCCGUGGAGUUUGUUGAAUACAAUAAGCGACAGAUGAGUCGGAUUUACCCCAAAGGAACCAGAAUGGACUCGUCCAAUUACAACCCACAGCCCUUCUGGAACGUAGGCUGCCAGAUGGUGGCGCUCAACUACCAGACAAUGGAUUUCCCCAUGCAGCUCAACAUGGCUCUGUUCGAAUUCAACGGCAGGACGGGCUACCUGCUCAAGCACGACGUCAUGCGGCGCAUGGACAAGAAGUUUGACCCUUUCUGUGACCGCAUCGACACGGUGGUAGCGAGCACCCUGAUCAUAAAGAUCUAUUCGGGACAAUUUCUGGCGGACAAAAAUGUGAAGACUGGGGUGGAGGUGGAGGUGAUUGGGCUCCCAGGAGACCCCAAGAAGAAAUACCGCACCAAGUGGUCCACCACACCCAACGCCAUUAACCCCAUGUGGAACGAGGAGCCGUUUGUCUUUGAGAAGAUCUUGCUCCCAGAAAUGGCCUCUCUAAGAAUCGUUGUCCAUGAAGAGAACGGUAAAUUCCUUGGACACAGGAUCAUACCUCUUGACGCCAUCCAGUCAGGUUUCCAUCACAUCUGUCUAAGGAGUGAGAGCAACAUUCCGCUGACGCUGCCGGCUCUCUUUGUGUACCUGGAGGUGAAGGACUACAUCCCCGCUGCCUUCGCAGAUUUCACAGAUGCCUUAUUUAACCCGACGAAGGGCACAGAGAAGAACACAAAGCCCAAAGAGUCGUCUUCUGACUAUGUUUCUCCUUACGAGAUGCCUCUUGUGGUUCAAACCUCCAAUGAGAAUGCCAGAAUUAAAGACACUGCAGUGCCUCCUACAGAAAAAACAUCAUGUGAACUCACUCCACCUGCUGACCCUGAUGCCCAAAUGUCCCAUUCUGCACCAGAAACCAGGACAGAAGAAGCUGAAGAAAAAACUGAGAACACACCAGAAACUACGACAGAAGAAACUAAAGUAGAAGAUGAGAACACACCAACUUCACCACCAGCAGCAGAUCCUCCUCAAACCCCUGAAGACUCAACAGCUGAAACAGCUUCUGCUGAACCCGAGGAGCCUGAGCUGGAAGCAGAAUUCUGCCCUGAGCUUGAUGAAGUUCCUGCAGAAGAGCCAGACAGUGACUCCAGCAAAAACCCUGACCCUGGUUUAGACACAGAUGCAGCCAUUAGUCCUGUGGCGGCUGGAGAGGAGCCGGCUGGUGUGUCUGCACCCGAGCCUGCAGGAGGAGACGACUCCUCUUCAAACCAUGACGACAUCUCCACAGUGACAACUGAAGAACUGACACAACACAAAAACUACCUGAAGGUCAUCAGGUGUCAGGAGAGAGAGAUGAAAGAAAUGGAGAGAAAGUUUCAGAAAAAAACAGAAGAUCUUCUGCAGAAACACUCUGACUCCUUCAAGGCCAUCAAGAAGAAGACCUCUGUGAAGAAAAAACAGGGAGGAAAUGCACCAGACUCUGGAAUCAGCACAGAACGUGCACAGGAACAGAAAGAAAGACUGCAGGGGGAGCUGCAGGCACUGUGGACCGAACGGAAUGAUCAGCUGAAAAAGAAGAAGGAGCAACGUGCCACAGAGCGACUGGCCAAACUGUUGGAGAUGGCUGCCGAGAGACACAGCAGUGAGCUGAAGACUCUGGAGAGUGAAUCUAAAGAAAAUAAGAGGAAAAAACUCUCAAAAUGUUCAUCCUCAGAGAAAGCAAAGAUGAAAAAAUCGAUGAGCAUAGAGAUGUUGGACGAGACUCUACAGUCAGAGCCGUGAAGGUCCCGCAAUUACGAUCCUCAGCAAGAGGCUCUGCUGAAGAAACAGGCGGCGACGCUGGAGGAGAUCAAAGCUCUGACUCAUCAGCUCAAUCAGGAGGCCCUGAAGGAACAUGAGCAGAAGAUGAGGUCCCUGGCGGUGGAGGUGAUGGAGGCAGUGAACGUCUGUCUGGAGGUCCACUUCCCCGAGCUGGUGGACCAGACUGAGAGCAAGAAGGUGGAAGGAGUUGGUUUCUAUGGAGACGUCUUCUUGGGUUAGGCUUUUUGUUUCAUUGUGCCUUUAUGACAUCACAGUUCAGCUCAGUUUGGAUAAAUAUCUUCUUUUCAUCUUAUUAUCUACAGCCUAAACAUGAUUAUUCCAUUAACACUUUGGGAAAUUUUAAACUGAGUGGAGCUGUUCAUAGUAAAAAUGUUUUUUUAUGAUUUUCAUUUUCAGGCUCACGAUACCAAAAAUAUUCUACAAUAAUAAUAUUCAUCAAUGCAGAAGGGUUUGCAGCAAAAGUCUGAAGUUUUCCUAUAAAAUUAAAUAAUGUUUCCAAUGAAUUAUAUUUUUGGUGACUGGUACCUGUGUUCAGUAGUGAAAUGAAGUCGCUGUUAUAAUUCCUUUGUAUUUGUUGAUUUUAAGCUGAAAUAUCUGUCCGGCCCAUUUAUGUGAUCAGCACUUGUUUCUUUGGUAGAAAACAUCAUGUAUCUUGAUGU